UUACGUUGUGAAGAAAAUUGGUUUCCACGUCUUAACGUUAACUGUUUUGUGUGCGGAGUAUUAACCUUCACGAUGCCACGUGGUUUUUUGAUAAAGCGCAGGAAAAAGACUGGAGCCAUCUCUUACAGGGUAAGAGAUGAUUGUUUGUCGCAAGGGUCCCAAGUGUUCGCCUUUGCCUCGGACAUGCCUCGCACUAUGGACAGAGCACUGAACAACACCGCAGCCUUGCCAUCAGUUUGCAGCAGCUAUAUUCAAAAUAUACCGGACAGGCUCAAAUUCGGCGGGAUGCCCGAAGCUGAAUGCGCACCGACCCUGAGUCCAAACCGGCCUGUCAGCGCAGAUUACCCUCAGUAUUGUCCUUCGGGAGAUUGCCUUGACAGAAAACUUAACUCCAGCUCACCGGUUCAGGCCGAAUCCUUUCCGGAACCAAGCCUCACAAUUAACGGCUCUCCAAGGACAUGUCUCCCUUCUUUGGCAGAAAUGACAACGAAACUUGGUUCCAUGUACAGCGAUUCAGUUCCUAUCGCUGUGAAGCGACCCGCUUCUUCAAGCACCAAAGCAAAGCAUGCGAACCCAAAAAAGCACAGGCCUUCAAGCUCAACCCUGGCAGAGAAAAAACAGGUACACCGGGAUGACGUCACUACAUCUCCAGUCCUUGGGUUGCGCAUCAAAGAAAGCCCAGAUGAGGAUGCAAAGCCGCGCUCCAAUAGCCCUCUUGGAGAGUUUAUUUGUCAACUUUGCAAGGAGAGAUACUCGGACCCUUUAACCUUAGCGCAACAUAAGUGUUCAAGAAUCGUUAGGGUCGAGUACCGGUGCACUGAAUGUGAUAAAGUCUUCAGCUGUCCAGCCAACUUGGCUUCCCAUCGGCGCUGGCACAAGCCGAGGAGCGCACAUCCUAACGGCAGCUCAACGGAAAGCGAGGACAGCCGGUCCAUCUCUGUGCCAGCCGUCCAGGAUCACAGCGUCAACAUCAGGGAAGCAAGCACACCUUCUCCGCAGCUGUCAGACCCUGGAUCCGAAGAAGAGAUGACGUUCGACUGUCCGCAGUGCUUUAAGAAGUUCCGGCGACAAGCGUACCUGAGGAAACACCUGGCGCUACACAACAGGCAGUCAGCCGGUCUGCACCAGAAAGGCACGAAUUCCACAGUGAAGAAGGCAAGACCAAACUCAAUCGAUACCGGCCUGGUCUACCUCGGGGGAGAGUCGUCGAUGACAGAAACUUCGGGGGCUGGUGAGGUGUACCCAUGCAGAUUCUGUGGGGAGGAUUUCUUCUCCUCGCCUGGGCUGACGAGACACAUCAACAAAACUCACCCAACAGAAACCAGGCAGGUUAUUCUACUGUCUCUAACAGGCUGACAUCUGCAAAAAUCCUCCGACGUACCAAAUUAGAGUGAAGACUAUCGUCCACAUGCUUUUGCCUUCAUCAAAAACUUUGUUCAUGUCUUCACAGAAAUUGUUUUCUUUAUUUGUACUGUUGUCUUG